UCAAAGUGAAGCCGCAAAUUUGCUUCUUCUCUAUUCGAACCAGGUUUCAAAGUUACAGUCUUUCUAUACCCUUUCACGAAUCGGGUUAGCGCGGCAUGCCCGUCAGCUUCUCGUUUCGUCUAUGUCUCAGAUGGAAACGUUCUUCAAUCCCAAGUAAGUCUUCUGUUUUCGUUCAUCAUCGACUCUCAUCAUCUUCCUCAAAAGAACCCGAAUCUGUAAACCCAAUUUCUGAUGAGAUAUUCCGGUCAAGCCCCACAUUAGGAAACUACAGAAUUGGCGAUGCAACAUUCUACCGCUUAAUCGAAAAGUAUGCCGGUUACGGCGAUUUUGCAUCGUUGGAGAAAGUUUUCGAUAGAAUGAAACGAGAGAGAAGACAGUUUGCUGAAUUCAAUUUCAUUUUAGUUUUCAAAGCUUAUGGAAGAGCACAUUUAUCAGAAAAGGCAGUGGAUUUGUUCAAUAGAAUGUCUAAUGAGUUUCAGUGUAGGCAAACUGUUCGAUCAUUUAACUCUGUUCUUAAUGUGAUUAUUCAAGAUCGUUUGUAUGAUCGUGCUCUUGAAUUCCAUUCAUUUGUUAUUCGUAAUAACAACAUUUCCCCAAAUGUGUUAACUUUUAAUCUUCUUAUUAAAGCUAUGUGUAAAAUAGGAUUGGUUGAUAAAGCAAUAGGGAUUUUCAGAGAAAUGUUAGAUUGGAAUUGUAAGCCUGAUGUUUAUUCAUAUUGUACAUUGAUGGAUGGAUUAUGUAAGAUGGAUAGGAUUGAUGAAGCAGUUUCAUUGUUAGAUGAGAUGCAAGUUGAAGGAUGUUUCCCUACUUCUGCUACAUUUAACGUGUUGAUUAACGCUUUAUGUAAGAAAGGGGAUUUACUUCGAGCAUCGAAACUGUUGGACAAUAUGUUCCUUAAAGGUUGUGUCCCGAAUGAAGUGACGUAUAACACUCUCAUCCACGGUCUCUGUCUGAAAGGAAAAUUGGAUAAAGCAAUUACCCUUUUGGAGAGAAUGGUUCUUAACAAAUGUAUACCUAAUGAUGUAACUUAUGGAACUAUUGUAAAUGGUCUUGUUAGACAAGGAAGAGCGGCUGAAGGUGUGCUCCUUUUGAGUUUUAUGGAGGAAAGGCAUCUCAAACCGAAUGUAUUUGUUUAUUCUACGCUUCUGAGUGGUUUAUUCAAGGAAGGGAAGUCUGUAGAGGCGAUUAGACUUUGGAAGGAGAUGUUAGAGAAGGGAAUUGAGCCGAAUACGAUUCUUUUUAGCGCUUUUAUUGAUGGUUUGUGCAAAGAAGGCAAACCAGACGAAGCUAAAGAACUCGUUGAUGAGAUGGUUAAUAGAGGUUGUCUUCCGAAUGAAUAUACAUACAGUUCUCUUAUGAAGGGAUAUUUCAAAGCUGGAAAAGGCUAUAAAGCGAUUCUGUUAUGGAAGGAGAUGGAUUGUUUGCGUAAUGAAGUUUGCUACAGUGUGUUGAUUAAUGGUUUAUUCGAGGAAGGAAAAGUCGAUGAAGCAGAGAGAUUAUGGCGUGAGAUGUUAGGUAAAGGGCGCUUGCCCGAUGUCAUUUCUUACACGUCCAUGAUCGAUGGAUUUUGCAAAAUUGGAAUGUUAGAACGGGGAAUGAAUCUCUUCAACGAGAUGCUCUGUGAAUCUUCUGCUCAACCAGAUUUAAUAACGUAUAAUGUUCUUUUCGCUGGGAUCUGCGAGCAAAGUGGCCUUUCUAGGGCUGUUGAUCUUUUACACAGCAUGAUUGACCGUGGUUGUGAUCCUGAUUUUAUUACUUGCAAUGUUUUUCUGAAAGCUUUGAAAGAGAAGAUAGAUCCGCCACAGGAUGGAAGGGACUUUCUUGAUGAACUUGUUCUACAGUUAUGCAAGAGAGGGAUGAUUACAGGAGCUUGCAAGAUUGUGGAAGUGAUGCUUCGGAAGUUUCUUAUACCGAAAACUUCCACUUGGGAAAUUGUCAUACGAGAUUGUUCUAAGACUAGGAAGGUUCGAGCAGCUAUCGACAAAUGUUGGAGUGGUUUAUUUUGCUCGUAGGAAUGAAAACCGGAGUUCUAACAGGGGACAUCAUGACGACCCGAGACUUGUGAGAUCUUUAAAGUGAAUGUCGGAGGCAACUGAAGAUCCAUUGGAGGAUGUAUUAGGCAUGGGACAUCAAGCUUCAAGAAGACUUGGAUAAGAUGCUCGAUAUGGCUAAGGCUGUUAAUGAACGCCGCCACUUCAGUUAGUCUCUGAUCUCCCUUCUUUUUUGCUGAUGACAAACAAUAUGCUUAUUCUGUAUCAAUCAUUUUACAUUGAUCAUUGGGAUUGUUAAGAGUUUAGAGAAUUCAGCAUGCAUUUUAGGGAUGAACACUGGAUGCUAGGUUCUAAACUUCUAAUUGAUUUUCUCUUUUCCUUCAAUAGUAUUUGACAAGUUUGUAAGGUAUUGUUUUGAUUAUCGAGAACUAUUCACUGAGAAGAUGAGUUCUUACAAAAUUGUAUGGCUUUUUGAGUGGGUUUGAAGAUAAACUAUUCAACUCAAAUGAGAUUAAAGCAAUGAUGUAUAUUUUUGCAUUUGAAUGGCAUUAAGAAUGAUCCCUAGCUAGAAU